AAGCCGAGCAGCUAGCAAAGACCGUGCUUACCAUGCUUUACCAACGGGCUUGGCUAGUUAGCUUACUAGCUAGCUGACAAUCAAAUCACUGAUCUUUAACUUAAUUGUUUCACACUAGAUGGAAACCGCUGUUUAUACGCGUGAUAAAAGCUGAUGUUUUUUGAUGCAUCUCCCAAUUUGUCAAACCCCCCCUCAAGCUGAAGACAUAAGCCUUGGUGGGAAAAAAAAAUCAUCUGAAGGGAGGACGUUUUUUCUCUUUUUAACUCAUAUACGUGAAACUUGGUGGUCUUUGCUCAGAUAAUUGGCCAUAAUGUCAGGACUGACGCUGAACCUGGAUUUGUCCUACAAUGGUGAACCCAGCUUUGUUGGGAUGAAAAAGGAGUCUGCCAGUAAUUCAAAGCACCAGAGAUUUAUCAAGAAUCGCCGAUUUCUUGAGCGCAAAGGCCUCCUUCGUGACAAGCAGAAUCAGUGCAGUAAAACGCAGGGACCCAAAAACCUAAAUCAUGGACCCCAGCCCUGGCAAAAUAAAAAGAAGCACACUUUUGCACCCAGUCUUUCUCAUCCCGAAAGCCUUGUCCCCAGACCCACUCCUUCCAAAAGCCCGAUCCCCAAACCAACUCCUUCCAAAAGCCCUGUCCCCAAACCAACUCCUUCCAGUAGCCUGCCCAAUCCACCAUUGUCCAAGAACAGUACAGCCACAGCAUCUGGCUUUUUCGAAACCGGCUCCAGAUCCUCCACACACCAGAAGUACGAGGACUCUGCUGCUGGCUCAUCUCCGAGCUUCAGCACCUGCGUCGCCGCUACGAACAGCCGUGCUUCUGGCUCAGCUCGCCCAAAGGGCUUUGGAGCAGUGCCCCCAUUUGGAAACCCUCUGAAGUAUUUGGCCCUUGACUGUGAGAUGGUGGGCACGGGGCCCAAGGGCCAGGUGAGUGAGCUGGCCCGCUGCAGCAUUGUCUCCUACCAUGGGGAUGUGGUCUAUGAUAAGUACAUCAUGCCAACCCACCCGGUGACUGACUUCCGCACCAAGUGGAGCGGCAUCUGCCGACAGCACCUCUACAAUGCCACUCCCUUCAUGCAGGCCAAGAAAGAGAUCGUGAAGAUCUUGGCUGGGAAAGUGGUGGUGGGACACGCCGUCCACAAUGACUUCAAGUCUCUGAGCUACAGCCAUCCAGCUGGGCUGACACGGGACACCUCUCGCAUUCCCCUGCUCAACAAGAAGGCUGGUUUUCCAGACAACCAGGCUGUUUCCCUUAAGAGGCUAGCCAAAGCCCUCCUAAACCAGGAUAUCCAGGUUGGGAAGAAAGGCCAUUCCUCAGUCGAAGAUGCCAAAGCAGCGAUGGAACUGUAUAAGGCUGUGGAGGUGGAGUGGGAGAGAACCUUGGCAUGUAAAUCUGAGGGCAGAUAAAACAGAGAUCACUGAGCAGUGAGGGUCGGGUUCAGGAGGGAAAGGUUUAGUAAAUUUUUAUAAACUUUUAUUACAGCGUUGAUUAGAUUUUAGAUCCUCUGUUUUACUCUUAUGGUCUGUGAUGCACCUUGUGAUUCAGCCUCUAUACAACAGGUGCUAUACAAAUAAAAUAAUAAUAAUGAUAAUUAUUAUUAUUAUUACUAGUAGUAUUGCAGGUCGUUUACAGGGGCAUUGCUUUAUUCUGGGUGGGGAGUUGUUUGAGACAUGUCACUCAUCUGCUCAUUUAACGUAGCUCUGUUUAUCUUUACAACACCAUUGUAACUUCAGCCACCUGCAUCAAAAAUCAGACUCCAAAUGGAAGUUUGCACAAGGAUUGUAAAAUCUAUCUUAUGUGGCCACAAGAGGGUGGUCAAACUUUUCCACUGUCUUGAGUGGUGCUAUAUGAUGUGCUAUUUUCCUCUAAAAGAUAUAGCAGUUUUCCUUACAAAUUCUUUUUCAAAUGAUUUAUGAAUGAAACACACUGUGUAUUUUCAACAUGUUCUGUGAUGAAGUGUAAUGAAAAAGAAAUGAAUGAAGUCAGUACUGUAAUUAGAAAACAUAUAUUGUAAUUUUCAUUGGAAUGAUUUUCUGAUCCUCAGAGUCAUAAUAGUUGAUGCGCAGACAUUAAAUCCCAGUUCUUGUUACAGGUCUACCUUCCUUGUUCACACACCCAUCUGCUAGGUGUUUUUAGUCUCAGUCUCUGAGUGAUUUUUAUAACAACAAACUCUAAUGUACUGACAUGGUCUGGAGUAUGCUGAUAGUGUCUUGAUUCUGCUCUGAUGUUGGACUGGGAUAAUCACAAUAUGAUAUCCUCUGUUGUUUUGGCCAUUGGAUGCAAUUAAAGCAGCAUAUUAAGAGUUGA